UUCAGCUUAAGAGUCAUAAUCAUCAUCAUGUUAUUUAUCAAGAGUACUACUACUGCAUGUAUUUUGCUUGUAUUCUUCUGUGCUGCUUGGUUAUCUGCUGCUAGGUUCUAUCCUCCAGGAGGUGCUGAAGUUAAUACUAUUUCGAGUACAGAGGCUAGUGUUGCCACUGCAACUAUGAACAAGAUUAAGGAAACAAAGAAACAAAGUUUUCAUGGAAAGAGAAGUUUGAGAACACAUAAUUUGUCUCAUGAGGUUGAUGGUGGUUUUGUUGCUUUUACUACUGACUAUCAUCCACCAAGGCAUCACCCUCCUAAGAAUAACAAAUGAGUAAUCUUUAAAAUCCCAACUUAAUUAGAGAUCAAUGCAAGAUAUAUAUUUAUUUUGGUGUUGCUCUUAUUUUUGCUUAUUCUUAAUUACUUUAUGUUUUUAUUGUUCAAGAGUGUGUUGUAUCUCGAAUUUUAAUAGUAUAUUCUUUUUGUCAGUGUAAUGUAAAAUUAACAUAUGUUAAAUGAAAGUCACUUAUUAGAUC